CGCACGUCGUCGUCGUCUCUGGUCCUCCUCUUUCCUUUCUGAAACAUCUUCUCAGGAAACGGGAUCACCAUUUCCUUCGAUUUCCUCUGAUGAAAUGGGGACUCCUCGACCACCGUCGACGGACUUCUACGGCAUCUUCGGGAUCUCGAGAUCGGCAUGCAAAGCUUACAAGUCCAUCGUCAUGAAAUUUCAUCACAAAUCCGAUCAUGUCUCUACAGCCCAUCGGAGCCCCCACGACAAGAAACCGCCGGCGGAGGAGUCGGAUGAAGACGAAGAUCCGAUGUUCCGGACGGGUCUCCGGCUACAGAGCAUGGACGACAGCAACGUUUUCAAACGCCGUGAAUCGCUGUUCUCACGGUCAAGCAGCCGCCGCAGCCAUACUCCACAAGCCAGACCCACUUACCUCUCCUCCUCAUCUUCCAGCCGCCAUGGCUCCACCGCCUCCUUUCACCGGAGCAUCAGCCGACGAGGUGACGAUGGAGGAGAAGGAGGCAGCAGCCAUGGCGGCGGUAAGAUGAGGGGCCUCAAGUCUCGGCCUUUCUCCGAGAAUGCUAGCCCGAUGGCCUCGCCUUUCUCGAGCCCGAAGGAGAAGGAUCACGCCUUCGUUAGCCCCAUCAAGGGCCUUUCCUCGCCAUCAUCGCCUCUCAAUAACCUCUCCAGAAGCCCUAGCCCGAUAAACGGUGUGACUUCAUCGUCUCCCAUGUUCUCCAAGAACGUUAGCAGAAGAGAAAGAGAAGGUUCAGUGCCACUGUCGAAGAGCACGAGUAUGAGAAAGGAUGCAUCCGCAGGGGCGACAAUGGGGAGAGCCGUGAGCCGUAGAAGCCCUACUCCGAUAGUUUUCUCGCACUCGGUGGCAAGGAGAAAGCCGCCGCCCAUAGAGAGAAAGCUUGAGUGCACGUUGGAGGAGCUCUGCCAUGGCGGUGUCAAGAACAUCAAGAUCGCAAGAGACGUCAUAACCGAUGAAGGGUUGAUCGUCCAAGAAGAAGAAACGUUAAGAAUAAACAUCAAACCGGGAUGGAAGAAAGGAACGAAGAUCACAUUCGAAGGGAAAGGGAACGAGAAACCGGGUUAUCUCCCUGAAGAUAUCACCUUCUCGAUCGAAGAAAAGAGGCAUCCUCUGUUCAAAAGACGAGGGGAUGACCUCGAGAUAGCGGUAGAGAUACCUCUUCUCAAGGCUCUAACGGGCUGCACGCUCUCCGUACCGUUAUUAAACGGCGAGAAGAUGGCGUUAUCGAUCGGAGAAGUGAUCUUCCAUGGGUUUGAAAAGGCUAUCAAAGGGCAAGGAAUGCCAAAUGCUAAAGAAGGAGGCAAGAGAGGUGAUUUGAGAAUAACGUUUCUGGUGAAGUUUCCAGAGAAGUUGAGUGAAGAGCAAAGGUUUAUGGUCUCGGACAUUUUGAAAGACUGUUCUUGAUUCGGACAUGAAAAUUUUAGCGUCUUUGUGUGUUUUUUGUGGGUGGAUGUGUUAGCAAGUCAUGCCAUGUGU